AUGUUUGCAAAUUUCACUACUACAAUAUCUAAUCUCAUCCAUUUCCAUCACAACGCAUCCAACAACUCGCCCAGUUUUGCAACCAUGGCAAGUCGUGCACAAACACAAUAUAAUUUAUUGCGCAUUUCUAUUUUAUCAACGACAAAAGUCAAAAUCCCAGCAAAAAGAUUAUGUGAAUCACCAUCAACGCCAACCAUGUCUCAAUUCGCCCUUGAUAGUACAUACUUGAAUGACUCCAAAAAGAUUAUCAGCGAGAGAAUUAUACCAUGGGAAGGACUCGCGAGAUCUAGAGUCGUCACUGAAGAUGAUGCUAAUCAUAUAAAGAUUUUGGAAAAACAAUCCAAUGAGAAUAGAGAUAACACAGUUAAAUCGCAAUUGGACUUAUACUCAAAAGUAUUACUCAAUGUCUUGAGUAAAGUUGAUAAAGAUGAUGUCGUCAAAAACGUGUUGACUUUGAUCAAUGAUUUAUUGAUCAAGGUACCCGAAUUCUUAGACUCUCUUUUGAAUUUAUCAUCAAUUGAUAAAGGUUUACCAUUUGACCCAUUUGUCAAACACUUGGAUAAGGAGCCAUUGAUUAAAUCAUUAGCGUUGUAUAACAUAGUUAUUCUUGCUAAAGGUUCGCCAGACAAGGAAGUGAUUAUCCGUACAUUUAGUGCAAUUACCCUGCUUAUUGAAAACAGUGAUUCGAAUUUCCAAUUUAUUGGCGUUCAAUUGCUUCAAGAAUUGGUUUCCGAUAGAAGAUACAAGACAAUUUAUCAAGAAAAUAAUCUUUUGACAAACUUUAAGCCAAUUAAUGCAUUAAUCGCCAAACUGUCCACUCACCCCAAUGCAACCGGUUUGCAAUUAUCUUAUAAUGUGUUGUUGGCAACAUGGAUAUUAUCCUUCAAUGCUGAAAUCAAUAAAUCAAUUAUACACAAUUUCCCACAAAUUGCCGGUAGUCUUUUGUUAAUUGCCAAGGAUUCAAUCAAGUUGAAAAUUGUACGAAUUUCUGUUGCCGUAUUGAAAAACUUUGUUAGUUGUUGUGUUUCUUCUCAAGAACAAUUUAAAGUUGUUAAAUUGUUGUUGUUUCACGAUGCAUUAACCACCGUAAAGACAUUGAAGGAGAGGAAAUUUGCUCAGAAUGGAAGUGAUGAGGAAUUGUGUAGUGAUCUUGCUUAUUUGUCCGAUACAUUGGAAGAAACAGUCAAGACUAAAUUGACUUCAUUUGAUGAGUAUCUUACUGCUUUGGAAAAUCCAAAGUUAUUGAGUUGGGCAUCUCCAAUACACAAAUCGACCGAUUUCUGGUUGGAAAAUUCAGGUAAAUUCAAAGAUUCGAAUUAUAAAUUGAUAAAGAGGAUUUUUGACAUCUUGGGCGCCAAUUCCAAUGAUACAACAAUUUGUGUGGUUUUGUUGAACGAUUUACAAUAUUUGAUUAAAAACCUUGGCCAAGAUUUGAUUCAUUUUAUCAAUACUGAAAAGGGAGGACUGUAUAAGGUGUUGAUCAUGUCGUUUUUGGAAAAUAAUCAAGGAAAUAACGAACUCAGAUAUGAGGCGUUGAAAACAAUCCAAUUACUCGUGGGACACAACUUUUAA